AUCCAUUUUAAAUUUAUAGACAGGGAAUACAAUCGCACUGUAUUUAUCAAACAACUUUUUAAAAAAGAUUCAUGAUAAGCGCAGCGAUAGUUUUCAAACAUUGUAUGUUCAAUUCCUUUACGAUUCAAACGGUCAACAAAUCGAUCGCAACAAACAAAAUAUAAAUUUUCCAUUUAACUUAAACGAAUACAUUUUAUUUGCACAAUGGGAGAGCGUAAUAAGCGUCCAGUUAUCCUGCUGAAGGUCCCAUCCUCUGAUGAUUUUUAUGGAUCGGCAUUGCGCAGCCAUAAUCUAGAUCCCAUUUUCAUUGCUCCCUCACAUUUUGUGUUCAAGAAUUUAAAGCAGUUGCAGGCGAAGCUGCAGGAGCCCCACAGAUAUGCCGGGAUUAUAUUUGCUGCCCCUCGAUGUGUACAGGCGGUUAACGAGGCCCUCGACAAGGCGCCUCUUCCCAGUUGCUGGCGACCCUUGCACAAUUACGCCUUGGGUAAAAACACCCACAGCUCGGCUUGGUUCACAUUGCAAAACCUGCCAACUUUGGGCGAUCACGCGGUGAAUGCAAACAAUCUGUGCGAUUUGAUCGUGGAAACUUUCGGACCCAAAAGGGAUCUUCCGUUGCUAAUGCCCUGUGGCAAUGGUGUUGGUCAGACGCUGCGCCUCCGGUUGGUGGCCCAGGGGUUCCGAGUGGAUGCCUGCGAGGUGUACGAGAGUCGGUCGCAUCCAGAGUUUGUCAAUCAGAUGCGCCAUGCCCUCAAGUUUAAGCGAAUGGAGACGAUCGUCUUCUUUGGACCCUCCAGCGUCCGUAGUGCCUUGGAGUUCUUCGAGAGUUUCAAGGUAUCGCUCAAGGAUCGCAAAAUGAUAGCCGUGGGAAGUGGUACCAGAAAGGCAAUGGAAGAUGCCGGCAUUCAGGCAGAUGCCGUAGUUGAUGCGGCUGACGUGGACCAUCUCAUAAAGGUUAUCAAAUCCUAGUUCAGAAGAGAAUUAUUUUUUCCGUGUUGUUUUUACGUUUUUACUUUUGGUAUGAUUUCAAAAUCUGUUAAGUGUUUAGUGUUUUCAAUGUAAACCAAGCCAUGACGAGUUUUAUCAGAAAUUCAAUUUAAUCGGA